AUGGAAAAGUACCUGAUGAAAAUGAAUUAUCUCAGACCGGAUAAACAGCAACUGGGCACCCGUCGGCCCACGGGGGUCACCCGCUGCGAGGGCGCGCUGGUGCCGGCAGCAACAGACUCGUGUGGUGCGUGUGACCCCUCGAGUGGGGAGCUUUGUAGCGCUCUGGAGCGCGACCACGCGGAGCUACAAACGGCCAUGGACGCUGUAGAGCAAAGGACACGAGAGCUGAGGAAAGAGGGAGAACUUCUUCAUAAAAACCUUGAGCAACAACUGUCUUUAAACAGAGACGAGGAGAGAUCCUUUCAGGUGGGGAUUUUAUUAGCAAAGGAGGAGAACAACAGCCUGAGGCAGGAGAAGCAGGUGCUGAAAAAGAAACUGGAAGAAGUGAGGAAGAGGGUCGUCUGGGAGGAUCCGGUGACGAUGCUGCCUGCUUUGCCGGAGAAGAAAAUGGUGUUUAAGGGACUUGUGACAAACAAGGAGGACAUGAACAAACUGAUGCUCACCCCACUGAUCCGCUACCCUCUGCUGGGGGGCUCAGCUCUCAUCACCUUUGAGAAGGCAGAGGUGGCCCAGAGGAUCAUAGAGCUGAAGGAGCACAUGGUGGAGCUGAGCUGCGGGGAGGAGCUGGAGGAGCUUGACCGGUGCAGAGUGCGUGUGCAGGCAGCGCCAGUGGAUGUACUGCUGCCGUCUGCCCUGGAGAUCGGCCUGACUCGGAGCAGCAGGAGUAUCCUCGUGUCUGACCUGCCCAGCCUGGGCAUCCCCGAUGAGGCGCUGCUGGACAAGCUGGAGCUCUUCUUCAGCAAGACGAAGAAUGGGGGCGGCGAGGUGGAGAGCAGGGAGUUCCUGGAUGACUCUGGCCAAGUGGUGCUGACCUUCGCGCAGGAUGGAGUGGCAGAGCCGCUGAUUGCAAGAGGACACAUCCAGGUGCUUAUUGGGAAAGGAAGAUAUGAGCUCAAAAUAUCACCGUGCAUGAGCGGGGACAUCACCAACCUGCAGAUCUUCAUACGUGCGUGCGUGAUAGUUGACUAUGGUAAUCUUCCUGCUGGCAAAACCCUCCUGAGGAACUUGCAUAAAAGCUACAGCAAUGUGCAGUUCAACUUCGACUCCAAGAACACACACUGCAUAGUCAAGGGACCGUUCACUGAGCUGCAGGCCUUCAGCAGAGACCUGCUGAGCAGCCUGAACCUCAAGAGUGAAGACGUUGGAGAGAUCCUCUUGCCGGGUUCCAGCCAUGGGGCUGAAGAGACCAGAAUGCGUGAUCACCAGCAAAUGCCUGACUCCACUGAGUCAGCACAAGGGACAGCAAAGCUGCCGAGUUGGCACCAGGAGUGUGACAAAGCGGCUAAAGUCCCAUCACCUCGGGGCCCAGUGGACGGGGAAGCUGUGGAACAGCUGGAGGACUUUUCCCUAGUGAUGGACUCAGACAUUUACCUGUACAUGCAGAGGUUCUGUGCUGCCAAGUACCAAGGUGUGCUACGCCAGCAUGGUGUGGACGUGGUGGAUGUGAGCAGUGAUGGCAUUGCCAUACUGUACCUCCAACCAUCUGCAGGUAUGUCUGGGGACAUGGACGCCUUGCGACAGGCCCGCCUGGCCCUGCAGCAGCUCUACCAGCAGCUGGAGGUGAGCUUGCGCAAGGAGAAGAUCACCAAGAGAGGACUGGAUAUGGACAGCCAGGCACUCAGGGGUCUGACACGUGAGAUGCAGAAACUGUAUCCCCAGUUGCUCUGCCAUGAGGAUGAGAAGCAGCUUUAUCUUAUUGGAAACCUCAUUGAUGUGUCCCAGGCAAAGCAGUACCUUCAGGAUUUCAGCACCAGAAGAGGUGCCGCACGCACGGUUGAUGUGCUCAGCAGCUCCCCGCCCUCACACCCAGCAACCUCCCACGCCACAGAGGCUGCGCUGCACAAGCCCAAAGCACCUGUGGACACUUCAGCCUCAAGGCUCAGCCCAGGCAGGUCGGAGCUGAAAGCCCUUAAACCCUCUGAGUCCAGGCCUCUGCUGCGACGUUCCAACAGCUUCUCCCUGCCAAGGUCCCAGGAAAGCGACAAGCGCCGAGGCUCCGGCAGUGGGGGCGGUGGGGUGAGCGAAGAAAUGAGCCUGGACUCUCUGCAGUGGUCUUACCUGAAAGACGUUUGCCGCUCUGCUAUUGAUGAGCUGUGCAGGGACGGAGGUGUGCAGAUCUCAGAGCAUCGUGAUGGGGACUGCACCGUGCUGACGCUACAAGCGGCAGACCGGAGCAAGCUUUUCCAGGCUAAAUGGAAGGUGGAAGCUCUUGUGCAGAAGUGUCCUGACCUGGUGUGUCAGAGUAUGAGCUACUCGGAGCUCGCUGUAGAUGGUCCAGAUGACAGUGCCCUGGGCGAACUGUGCAGCCUCCUGCGAGGAACCGCCCUCGGGGUUGGACUCAGCAAAGACAAGUACAAGCUGUACCUCGCCUGCCCCAAGGAGAUGCUGCCAGGAGUGACUGAGGCCUUCCACGUGUUUUCUUCUAGGAGGAUCCGUGCCCUGAAGUCUUCAUCCUUGUCUCCAGGACCGGAGAGCACAGGGCACUCCAGUGUCCGCCGAGCGAGCAGAGGCCAGGACGCGGUGCUGGGUGCAGCCCUUCCCGGCAGCCUGGUGUCCCUGCAGAUGGACCUGCAGCACCUGGACGUUAGCGACAAAGCAGAGGGGCUCAGGGCUUUCCGGCUGCCGGAGGCGGAGGAAAAGAGGUCCCCCAGUCCUUGGAGGUUCCAGCAGGCGCUGGGGCAGGAGGAGGGCAGUGACCACGUUGAUUCUGGGGCUGUGCAAGGAGGAGGCAGCCCCCUGAGCCCCAGUGUGGCGGAUAAGCCAAGUCCUGCUGGUCUGAGGGAGUCCCAGGAACGGCCGAAGACAAAGCUGCCAGUGGGGGAUCCUGACAUUGCGCGGCUAAAGCAGGUUCUGCCGGACAGAUUCCAGUUUGCCAGAGACAAGAGCGGAGGAGGCCACAACGAGGCGAUGGGACAGCCGCGCUCACCGGUUCCUGCAGCGGACGGUGCUCCUCGCUCCCUGCCCACACGGCUGUACGGGGCUGCGGCUGGACAGUUGCCUGCAGCGAAGCCCGGGGGCCGGGAAAGGGCCCCGGUCCCGAUGGGCAGGAGCACCGCGCAGGAGGCGCCUGAGCCCUCGUCGCGGCAGAUGAGCGGCUCCCACCCCGGGACGUGUUUCGCAGCGGACAGUACGCAGCCCGCGUGCUGCAGCUCCCCCUCAGUUGCCCCGUGCCGCAAGAUCUCGGGGAUGUUCAAGAUCUCCUGCCUGUCUCAGAGUCUGCCGGGCUACUAUCGAGACCUAACGCUCCAGGUUUCCUACACCAUCCCCGAUGGUGUGCAGGGGGUUGGCGACCCCCACCCAGGACAGCCCUACAAAGGGGGGAAUUUCUGUGCCUUCCUGCCUGACAACAAGGAAGGGCAGAAGACAGCAAUGCUGCUGAAGAAGGCAUUUGAGCAAGGGCUGACGUUCCAGAUCAAGAACGGCUUUCCAGACGCGCACUAUCUCCGCGAGGUUUGUGCAGUACUGAAGAAACUGGGCAUCGCCUGA